AUGCCUGACAUCACAACGUUGCCCAGUUAUCCACAUGAGGAUGAUGGCGUUGAGGCCAUACCGACUCAUCCUCUUGGUGUAAAGCCCAGUGGUAAUGCCUUGUUGGCUAGCUGGACCCUCCGGGAUGCGAUCGGAACAUUCCGAGUCUUACCUGACGAAUUAAUCUUAUCCCUGUUAGAGGAGUUGGACAGCGCGAGUCUCCUCUGCAUCGGGCGUACAUGCAAGGCUUUCUAUGCAUUCACACGUGCAGAGGAAGUAUGGAAGGCACUAUUUAUCCGAUCUUCGGUGGAGGACUUUACAUGGCGGGGAACAUGGCGCUCAACAUAUCUUAAUCUACCUCCUACCAAAGUGCCAACCAUCGACUGCUCCCAUUUAUACUCCGAUGCUCUGUACAGGCCAUUCAAUUGCGCCCACAUCUCACUAGAUCCUUACGUCACCAAAAUUCCUCUCCGAAAUCAAAUACCUCGACUAGCCGAUCUGUCAAAAGACGAGUUCCAUUCUACCUGGGCCGAUCGCCCUUUCAUCCUCACCGACCCGGUCAAAGAAUGGCCCGUCUAUAAGAACUGGACCGUCGGCACCCUCCUCUCCCGAUACGGCCAGGGAAAGUUCCGCGCAGAGGCAGUCGACUGGCCAUUACGAGCAUAUGCAGACUACAUGGCCGAUAAUGCGGACGAGAGCCCGCUGUACCUUUUUGACCGCUCAUUCGUCUCCAAAAUGGGCCUGGCGGUAGGCCAACCAGACCAGACUCCCAACGCAGCAUACUGGCCGCCCGCAUGCUUCGUUGAGGACUUCUUCUCUGUUCUCGGAGACAAGCGCCCCGAUCACCAGUGGUUGAUUGUGGGACCAGAGCGUUCGGGCAGCAAGUUCCACAAAGAUCCGAACGCGACUAGCGCGUGGAAUGCGGUGCUGCGUGGACCCAAGUAUUGGAUUAUGUUUCCUUCUGGUGAGAAGCGAGAUCCACCGCCGGGUGUCUUCGUCUCAGAUGAUCAGAGCGAGGUUACUUCGCCGCUGAGUAUCGCGGAGUGGCUGCUGAAUUUCCAUGCGGAGGCACGUCGAACGCCCGGAUGUAUGGAAGGAAUCUGUGGCGAGGGAGAGAUUUUACAUGUCCCAUCUGGAUGGUGGCAUCUAGUUGUGAACUUGGAGCCUUCCAUUGCUAUCACGCAGAAUUUUAUCCCACGUGCGCAUCUUACUGCUGCGUUGGAUUUCUUGUCGAACAAGGCCGACCAAGUGUCUGGAUUUCAGAAGGAUGUUGUGAACCCUUACCAGAAUUUUGUGGAUGGCAUGCAGGCUGCCUAUCCUGAUCUACUAGAACGAGCGCAGCAUGACUUACAAAAGAAGGCAGAAGGGAGAAAACAAAAGUGGGAUGAGAUUGUCCACGGAAAGGCAGGCGAAGCUGAACCUGCAGUCCCCGAAGGAGGCUUUAGCUUCGGCUUCGGAGAUGAUGGGAGCGAUGUUGAAGUCCCAUGA